AUGAAUAAGCUAGACAAACCUGGGCAAGAAAAUUGGAGUUCCUCUGGCAAUUUGCCUGUAUAUAAUGAUGCUGAUGGUAAUGAUUAUGUUGAUGGUGCACGUGAUAAGGGUGUUGACGAUGAUGAAGAUAGUGGUGGUGACAAUGCUGAUGAUGUUGGUGAUGCUGUUGAUGAUUAUGUCGAUGACGAUAAUGGUGAUGGUGACAACGGCAUGAUGAUAAUGUUGUUGUCGAUGAUGGUGAUGAUCAUGGUGGUGAUGACGGCGAUGAUGUCGCGGGAGAUGAUGAUGGUGGCAGUGAUCAUGAUGAUGGUAUUGAUGAUCGUGAUGGUGAUAUUAUAUAUUAUGGUGUUGAUGAUCACAAUCACGUUGAUGAUGAUGUUUAUUUCAUAUCGUGAUGACAAGCGAUGAUAUUGAUGAAAAUGAUGAUUGCGAUGAGAGUGUUGACGAUGAAACUAGUGAUAAUUAUGGUGAUAAUGGUGAUGAUGGUGAUGAUGAUAGUGAUGAUACUAAUAAGGAUGACAAUGAUGAUGACGAUAAUACAUACCCUGGUAACACCCGAUAA